ACAACGAACAAACAGAAACAGCGUACACAGUACAAACACAAAACCAGUUGACCACUAUGCUAUGUUACCUCAUAAAAACCAAUUUCUUCUGUAAUACUCGUAGCAUCAUCAUCAACGACAACCACCACCUCGAUCUGGGUUCGCACCCAGAAUCCUAUCUUAUUCCAUACGAGAAACCAAUUUCCUCCGCGAUUUACGAAGUGUCUACACGGUUCGGUUGGAUUGGAUCUUGAAGUUCUGUUUGGAUACUUGCGAUCUGCUACAGCUAUGAACUAAGAUUGCAUGCAAGUUUUUCUUCUGAUAUUUUUCGGGUGCGGAGAUGAACGUGAGCCAUGCGACGGUUCACCCAGUAGAAGAUCUUCCGACGACGGACGGCGGUGGUGGGAACGCGCCGAGGGUGAGGAUGAAGGACUAUUCUGGAAUGCCCGGCACACCCGGUGGGCUGGGCUUGCGUAUUUCCCAGUUUCUCUUCGCGGUUGGGGCGCUUUGUGUCAUGGCUACCACCAGUGACUUUCCUUCCGUCACUGCCUUCAGCUACCUUGUUGCGGCUGCUGGCUUGCAGUGUUUGUGGAGCUUUUCAUUAGCCAUCAUAGACAUCUAUGCCCUUUUAGUGAGGCGUUCUUUGCAGAAUUAUCGACUAGUCACUUUCUUUGCCUUUGGUGAUGGGAUCACAUCCACUCUCAUGUUUGCUGCAGCCUGUGCAUCUGCUGGCAUCACAGUGCUUAUUGACAAUGACCUUGGUAUCUGUUCACAAAACCACUGUGUGGAAUUUGAAACUGCUACUGGUCUGGCUUUCAUUAGUUGGUUUGCUGCAUUACCAUCUUUUUUACUGAACUUCUGGUCAUUGGCAUCCCGAUAAACUACAUGGAAGAGAGAAAAGAUAGAGGCCACUUGGAAUACCAUGUGAAGUUUAGACCCUGUUGGCGUUUUCUCUCUUGCCUGUUGUGAUUUGCAAUGCCCGAAGUACAGAAAUUCAGUUCUGUUGUAACACGUGUAUAUACCAUGUAUAUCAGGUUGGAAUGUUCUCCAUAUAAUCAAAGUGAUGAAUAUAAGGAUUGAUUUGGUCAGAGUGGGUGUCCACUAAACUUCAUCUUGGAUUUAUGACUUAUUUUCUUGUAUGGUGACAAGAAAUAGCAAUAUUAUACAUUUUUAAGAGUUUUGAGUAACAUAAAUAGGGACAGGAUCAUCCUGUUAUGACUCAGGAUUUUGCAA